GGUGUGGGUGUGGGUGUGGGGUGUGGGUGGGUGUGGGGUGGCGGGUGUGGGUGGGUGUGGGUGUGGGUGUGGGUGUGGGUGUGGGUGGGGGUGGGGGUGUGGGUGUGGGUGGGUGUGGGUGUCGGUGUGGGUGUCGGUGUGGGUGGGUGUGGGUGGGUGUGGGCGUGGAUGUGGGUGGGUGUGGGUGUGGGUUGUGGGAGUAUCUUCUAUGUACAAAUCCGCACUCACACCCGGACCCAUAAUCACACCUGCACGCCCACACAAACAUCCUCCGCCACUACUUUUGCUAUGUCCUAAAUAAAUUAUUUUCAUUCCAGCUAUUUGUAAAAAAAAUCAAAAAAUUUCUAUUAAUUUUAGGUUACUUGUAUCUCUCUAAUUGUAAGAGGUAGAAACCUGAAAUUCUAAUUUAGAAUGGAUCUACAUGUCUAGUAUAUAUGCUGCAAAUAUCAGGUAUUCUACUGAUAGAACAUUAAUUGAAGGGGAUCAGAACUUAUUACACAUCCUAAAUGCAACGUGGCGGAUCACGUUGCUUUUGAGAACAAAAAAAGAAUAAAGUACAUGGUGUAGUGUUACAUAUUUUUUUUUCUUUCUCAUUCUGUUAUAUUAUCUUUUUACAUUUAUCUGAUAUAAAACAAGCACACGAACCACAUCAAAAAAAGUAAAAUAUGACCAUGUUAACAACAAUACUCGUUGCUGCUUUAUUGAUUUUGAUUGUCUCCUACAUCUGGCACGUUCAUCGAGCUUAUAGUUUCUUUAGACGUCUUGGGAUUCCUGGUCCACCACCACGAUUCUUUUUCGGCAACUUCUUAGAUAUUAUAAAAACCACCCGACUUUCAUUAAAGAUUCAAGAAUGGACUAAACAGUAUGGUGAAAUCUUCGGCUAUUUUGAAGGGCAUACACCAAUUCUUGUCAUAUCCGAUCCAGAUAUUUUACAAGAUAUAUUCAUAAAAUCAUUUUCCAAUUUUCAUUCGCGUCGUGAAUUUGCAUUUGAUGAACCUUAUGCAAAAAAUGCUCAUCUAUUCAUAACCAAGGGUCUCCGUUGGAAGCGACAAAGAUCCAUUAUGAAUCCAACAUUUUCAUCAUUAAAACUCAAACAAAUGUCUACAUUGAUGAAUCGAUGUGUUGAUACUCUUAUGAAGAAAAUGGCUGAACAACAACGACUAGAUCAACCGUUCGAUAUUUUUCCGUUUUUUAAACGUUUUACAAUGGAUAUUAUUUGGUCGUGUGGAUUCAGUCUUGAUAGAGACAUGCAAAACAAUUCCAAUGACCCGUAUUUUGUUCAAUCGCAACGACUCUUUGACGUACAAAAUUCGACAGCUAAGUUAAUGAUUUGUAGUAUAUUCUUUACUGAAUUCAAGUGGAUCUGGAAUAAACUUUUUCGAUGUGAUAAUGCUAUUCGAUAUUGGCUUCGUCAUUAUUUGCCAGUAACACGAAAGUUUAUCAAUGAUGAACCAGCAACAUGGAUCGAGAACCAAGCAGAACAGUUAAUCAAAAAACGUCUCGAAUUAGGUAACACAAACCGAAUGGAUCUAUUACAAUUGAUGCUCAAAUCAGCUUCAGAUGACAACUUUAUUGAAGAUCAGCCAGCAAGAGACGCUACAACUGUUGAUAUGAACAGUGAGUCACCACUCGUGCGAAAACUGACAAAACACGAAAUAGCGUCAAAUAUUCUUCUCUUCAUGGUUGCUGGUUAUGAAACAACAAGUACGGCCCUUGCGUAUAUUUUUUAUGUUCUUGCGACUCAUCCGAAAGAACAACAAAAAUUGCAAGAUCAUGUUGAUGCUUAUUUCAAUUCGGAUAUCGAACCGAGCUAUGAAGUGAUUGCGGGCAUGGAUUAUCUAGAUAGUUUCAUUCGAGAAAUCCUGCGUAUGCAUCCUAUUACUCCAAGUCUUGUCAAUCGACAGAGUACACAAGAGUUUUACAUCGACAAGAUAGGUACUGUACCGAUUGGCACUAUCAUCAGUGCUAACACUUAUAGCUUACAUUAUAAUCCUGAUCUUUGGGGCCCAGUAGAUCCAUGCAUUUUCUAUCCAGAACGAUUUUCUACCAAGCGACAUCCACUUGCAUGGAUUCCAUUCGGUGCUGGACCAAGAAACUGUGUUGCAAUGCGAUUUGCACUCAUGGAAAUCAAAAUGGCAGUCAUUAGAAUUUGUAAAAUCUAUUCGAUUAUCGACUGUGGGAAACAAACACAUCAGUCUAUGGAUGAUAUUGUCGAAUUUCCGGCUAUUACACCUAGAAAACUUAUCAUCCGAUUACAGCGUCGAGACUAA